AGACACGAUUGUCCGAAUCUUAUAGUGAUGGGUUUCACGAGGGUUCGCCCGAACGCGUUAUUGGAAUGUCGUGAUUAUCAGUGAACCCGAUUUUAGAGAUGUAAGUUUGGAAUGAUUUUCUAAAGAAGGAAAUCCUGUUGUUAGUGAGAUCGAUACUAAAGACAACUUGUUCUUAAAAUUUAAAAUCCGAUCAUGGAAUACAACGCUAUCUUGUUUAUAUUAAAUACAUUUCUACGGGUGGCAGGCUAAAGAAUUCCUUCCCGAUUUCCUUUUGGAUAAUAAAUUGAAAGGUGUUAUGGAUUAGAAUUCAUAAGAAAAGCAGUGUGAGUGAGCAAAGAACAUGUCAAUUAUGAGAACAGAGCUACUCGGGGCUCGAUUAUUGCAAUGACCUAAUUAUACCCAGCUCUUUAUCAUUGGGUAUAGUGAUCUGAAUCUUUCUUAAAUAUAUAUAUAUCUACAACAAGUAUUGCUGAGAAUUAUGAAUGCUUGUACAAGAAGACGGAUAUUAUCUAAAAAGUGUGUAAAACAAAUCUUGCACACUAUCCAUCCAUCGUAAUGUUCAUUUUGAAUAAUAUUAAUGAGGCGGUUAUGCUGAUGUUUUUCAGCAAUCUCGAAUAGUAAUAGAAAAUAAGAAGUUUAGGGCUCUUGUACAUAAACUGUUUUAGUUUUGAAUUCAAGCAGUUAGAAUUAAACUAUAUAGAUAAAAAAAAAGUUAAAUAGCAAAUAUGCAAAAUUCGUACAAAACUGCCCUCGCUUCCAUCUUGACGAUGGCCGUCAUCACCAAAACCUAUGUGGAAUGCAGUGAUUCUCACCCGUGUAAUAGAGAGUGUGAAUUUCCUUCGUCGCCGAGAUUAUGCGAAUAUAAUUUCACCGUUGAGUGGUACUACACGAUGUCAAAAGCGUGCUACAACUGCCCUUUUACAGCGUCCGAUUGUACAAGACCUCACUGCGUUACCGCUGAUGGGGUAUCGAGACCUAUUGCAGUUGUGAAUAGAAUGUUCCCCGGACCUCCAAUACGGGUAUGUUACCAAGAUACUGUCCGUGUGUUUGUCGACAACCAGCUUGUAGACGACGAAGGAAUCACAAUUCAUUGGCAUGGAAUAUACGUGAAGGACACUCCAUGGAUGGAUGGGGUUCCUAUGUUGACUCAGUGCCCUAUUCCAGCGAAAACGUCAUUUGCAUACGAAUUCGUCGCAAAUCCUCCAGGUACUCACUUUUGGCAUGCACACGCUGGUUUUCAAAGAUCUGAUGGAGUAGCAGGGUCUCUUAUCAUCGAUCGCCCUAUGCAAAAAGACCCACAUAAAGAUUUAUAUGAAAUCGAUUCUGACGAACAUAUUGUAUUUUUGACGGACUGGCUUCAUAAAACGACACUAGAAAAAUUCUUGGAAGCAAAUCACUAUGAAGGAUUAUACCUUGGAGACAAUAUGUUGAUCAACGGGAAAGGGGUGUUUCAGGAAUUCAAAAAUGAAGCUGACAAUUCUACACACUUUACACCGAUGCACGUUUUCAAGGUGGAGAAAGACAAUCGCUAUAGAUUCAGAAUAAUAAGCAAUGCAAUUUUCUGCUCACAUGAGCUUACAAUUGAUGGACACAAAAUGAAUGUUAUUGCCAGUGAUGGCGCAGAGAUUGAACCAUAUGUGGUGUCGUCGCUUGUAAUUCACGGAGGAGAAAGAUUUGAUUUUGUCAUGGAUGCAUCUCAGGAAAUUUCCAACUACUGGAUGAGAAUUCAGUCAUUUGGCGCUUGUACACUUGCAUCCCUCAAUACCAAAGCUAUUUUAAGAUAUCAAGGUGCGUCAAUGGAAGAUCCCCAAACAUCGGCAGAAUCUCCGGAAGAUAAGAUACAAUUGAAUAAUCCAUUUAUUUUUGAAGAAAACGAGAAAAAUAUACAACUAUCGUCUUUAAAGCCUGUAUAUUCAGAUGUAUAUUUUGACAGCGACAGAUACAGUGCGCAGCCGGAUCAUACAUACUUCAUCGGAUUUGAUAUUAACAUGCGAAAUCAUCCAACUUACAACGACCCUGACCUUUAUCCUUUCCCGCAAGCAACACCACUUUUCUUUCCUCAGCUCAAUAACAUUUCUUUUUCUGUUCCUUCUUAUCCGAUGCUGACACGACCUAAAAACAUCGACGAGUCUAAAUUUUGUAAUCCCGAAUCGGACGAGUGGGGACAAGUUAAUUCUGACUUCUGCAAAGACGAUUUUUGCUCUUGCACUCAUGUUAUUGAUGCACAUAUUGGAGAAAUGAUUGAGUUGGUUUUCUACGACGAAGGAAAAUUUCCUUUUGUGGACGCGGCACAUCCGAUGCAUCUUCACGGACAACAUUUUGCUGUCGUUGCAAUGAGGAGAAUUGGAAAACAAAUAUCUUCAGAAGAAAUUCGAGAAAUACAUGGGAAUGGGAGUAUUGAAUAUAACUUUAAUGCUAUUUACAAGGAUUCAGUAAUCGUCUCCGAUGGUGGAUACACAGUUGUUCGAUUUUUAGCAGAUAAUCCAGGAGUUUGGUCAUUGCAUUGUCAUCUGGCUCUUCAUUUGAAAAUGGGUAUGGAGUUGGUAAUUCGAGUUGGAAGCUCGGGUGAGUGGCCAACACCACCAGAGGAUUUUCCUACAUGUGGAAUUGGGAGAGGAAAAUCAGAUGCGAUUCGCACGUUCUCAGCAAGAAGUGCGCUGCUGAAUUUCACGAUGUUGAUAUUAGCAGCUUCUUUCUAUAUUAUAUUAUAGCUAAAAUACCUAUUGCCUUCGGACGCUUAAAGUGGCAUUUUCUCACUAUUCCAUCUCACAAUAACAGCAAAGUUUUGGUUUAUACUGAUACCUCAAAAUUGUAUAUCUUUGUAUCAAGAUGCGGUUACAUAAGAUGAUGCUGAUGCUGAAUUAUAUUGCUUAACUCUUUAUACCACACUCUGCAAUUAUAAUAUAUGAGCUACUAACUGGUUU